AUGGAACGACCCUCAGGGGAAUUCCACACGUAUCGCAUGCACCGCCGCCGAGAGAUGCUGCGGCUGAACGCGAUGCACGCGGAGGACAAGGCGAACGCGGCCGAGGAGGCGUUCCGGAAGCGCCGCGCGGAGGUGGACGCGAUGGAGGAGGCCAAGCUGGAGAAGAACCGAAGCAAACGCGCGAAGAAAAAGGCGAAAGUCGCGGCGGCGCGAGAGGCGAAAAAGGCUGAGAGAGCGGCGUCGAAGAACGGACGCGGCGACGGCGGGGGAGGAGACGGCGGCGGCGGGGACGGCGGGGACGGGAAGGAGAAGAGCGGCGGGAGCAGCCCGAGGGAUAGCGACCAGGGCGCGGGCGCCGCGGACUUCGAGACGCUCGAUUAG